AUGGCAGACAGAUUGAAACAUCUUUCCUCCAUUGCCAACGACGUCGUACAAAGCUGUGCUCUAAAAUUGGAAACUCCUGUGGAGAAACUGGUGGAGGAAUUCGAGACUACAUGGAAGGCAGAUGAAACAGCGCCGGUUGGUCAUAAUAUUACUGCUACUAAUAAUAACAACAAUAGUUACGGGAGGAAAUUUGUAGAAUUCUGCAGUGCCAAGGUUCUGCAGACUCGUGACAUUUGCAAAACCAUUGAGGAAAAGAUUGCGGAUGGGUCUUUUAGCCGCUUCACUUUCGACAUGAUGCUCGCUUGGGAGAUGCCCGCUUCAGCGGACGAAGAAUCUUUCACGGUGAUUGAUUGA